AUGAGAGCCUGCGCCAGUGCCUUGGCCUUUCUCGCUGCCUCCGCCACGGUGCGGAGCGCUUGGGGCCAUGGUUUCAUGUUCGAGCCCCCCGCGCGCAACGUUCAGUCGGGCCCAAAGAAUGGCUACUGUCCGCACUGCGGCAACGGUAAUGGGAUUUGUGGCGAUGGCAACCAAUGGCCGAGCGACAGCGACUAUGUCAAUGCCGGUACCCAACCACUAAGGACCUGGACUGCAGGAUCGGUCGUGUCUGCUUCCAUCCGCAUCACUGCCCAUCACAAGGGCCAUUUCGAGUUCAGCCGGCAGCAGAUCUCCUCCUCCACCGCGGAUGCGCAGGGCUGCCUGGACCAGUGGGUCCUGGAGCGCGCCACCCCGGAGGAGGCAGGGAUCAUCGACUGUGGGCCAAACGACCGCCGGGGAGGAUGCCAGCCGAUUGACCCGCGUCACCGGGAGCGCUGGUACCUGCCACCAGGUGGCUUCUCGCCAGAUAACAAUGACGUGCAUACCUUGUACCUGAAGGUGCCCGCGGGACUGUCGUGUGCGGCAUGUACGCUGCAGUGGAG